AUGCCUAAACUCCUGCAAGGCGUUGUCACGGUCAUCGAUGUUUUCUACCAAUAUGCAACUGAACAUGGGGAAUGUGACAUGUUGAGCAAAAAAGAGAUGAAAGAACUUCUGGAAAAUGAGUUUCACCAAAUUCUGAAGAACCCAGAUGAUCCAGACACUGUAGAUAUCAUCAUGCAAAGUCUGGAUCGAGAUCAUAACAACAAAGUAGAUUUUACUGAGUAUCUUCUGAUGAUAAUCAAGCUGACUCAGGCUUGUAACAAAAUUAUCGGCAAAGAUUAUUGCCAAGCUUCAGGGUCAAAGCAAGGAAAUCACAGUCACCAGCACCAAAAGGAACAGAGUGAAAAAGACGAAGAUGACAAAGAGCAAGACGCCUGUUCAAGUUAUUCAAGUUCUAGUGCAGGAGAGAAUGAUGCUUAUUCCAGGGGCUCGAGAGGAAGCAAUAAACACAAAUCUACAAGGACUUCUAGAAAACCAAGGAAUGAGAAACACCAAAAUUCUGAAGAAAGGAUGAAAACAAAUUCAAGUCAAUUAGAAAAUAGUGAGAAAUAUCAACAAGGACAGCAUGAAUUUGGAUCAAACCACUCAUCAAACCAGAGCAGAAGGAGUAUUAGCAAAAGGAAAGAUUCUGGCUACCCUCAAGAUGGCUCUACAUUAAAACAGUCUGCUGGCUCCAGGAGAGGAGGAUCUGGCCAACAUAACUCUUAUGGUAAUGAAAAACAUAAUAUCUCAUCAAGACAAUCAUCAGUCUGGGGCUCAGGACAGUCUUCCAACUAUGAUACACACAACUCAGGGUCAAACCAGUCUUCUAGCGAGAGGAGAAAUAACUGUGGGUCAGGACAAUAUUCUGGGUCACAACAACAUGGCUCUGCAUCAGAAACCUCUCCAGGAUCCACAGAGCAAGGAUAUGGGGAAGGUCAUUACACAAGUUCUGGACAAUAUGGUGCUACAUCAGGACAGUCUUCAGGCAGGGGCUCAGGUCACUCCACUUCCCAUGGCACACAAGGAUCAGGAUCAAGCCAGGCAUCUAAGCAGAGGAGAAGCAGUUCUAGCUCAAGUGAGUCAUUUGGCUCCCAGCAACAUGGGUCUGGCUCAGGAGGGUCUUCUGGCUGUAAUCAACAUGGAUCUGGGCCAGGUCAUUCUUCUCCUAGUGGAGAACAUAGUUGUUUCUCUGGACAGUCAUCAGGCAGUGGACAGGAUCCCUCUGGCUGUGGUCAGUCUUCCAGCUCUGGCACACACAACACUGCCUCAAGACAUUCUUCUACCCAGAGGAGACAUAGCUCUAGCUCAGGUCAGUGUUGUGGUUCAGGUGAAUAUGGUUCUACAUCAGGACAGUCUUCUGGCUCUGCAGGGCAAUCAUAUGGGCAAGGUCACCCCGCUAGUUCUGGACAACAUGGUGCUACAUCAGGACAGUCAUCAGGCAGGGGCUCAGGUCACUCCACUUCCCAUGGCACACAAGGAUUAGGGUCAAGCCAGGCAUCUAGGCAGAGGAGAAGCAGUUCUAGCUCAAGUGAGUCUUUUGGCUUCCAAAAUCAUGGUUCUAGCUCAAGAGAGUCUUCUGGCUGUAGUCAACAUGGAUCUGGGCCAGGUCAGUCUUCUGGUAGUGGAGAACAUGAUUGUUUCUCUGGACAGUCAUCAGCCAGAGGCCAGCAUCCCUCUGGUUGUGGUCAGUCUUCCAGCUCUGGCACACACAACACUGCCUCAAGACAUUCUUCUACCCAGAGGAGACAUGGCUCUAGUUCAGGACAGUCUUCUGGUUCAGGUAAAUAUGGUUCUGCAUCAAGACAGUCUUCUGGCUUUACAGGCCAAGGAUAUGGACAGAGUAACUCCUCUGGUAGUGGAGAACGUGGUUCUUUCUCUGGACAGUCAUCAGGCUGUGGGCAGCAUGCUUCUGGUUAUGGUCAGUCUUCCAGCUCUAGGACACACAACACUGGCUCAAGCCAUAAUUCAACUCAGAAGAGAUAUGGCUCUCCGUCAGGACAGUCUUAUGGUUCAGGUGAAUAUGGUUCUACAUCAGGACAGUCUUCUGGCUCUGUAGGGCAAUCAUAUGGGCAAGGUCACUCCACUGGUUCUGGACAAUAUGGUGCUACAUCAGGACAGUCAUCAGGCAGGGGCUCAGGUCACUCUACUUCCCAUGGCACACAAGGAUUAGGAUCAAGCCAGGCAUCUAGGCAGAGAACAAGCAGUUCUAGCUCAAGUGAGUCUUUUGGCUUCCAAAAUCAUGGUUCUGGCUCAAGAGGGUCUUCUGGCUGUAGUCAACAUGGAUCUGGGCCAGGUCAGUCUUCUGGUAGUGGAGAACAUGAUUGUUUCUCUGGACAGUCAUCAGCCAGAGGCCAGCAUCCCUCUGGUUGUGGACAGUCUUCUGGCUUUACAGGCCAAGGAUAUGGACAGAGUAACUCCUCUGGUAGUGGAGAACGUGGUUCUUUCUCUGGACAGUCAUCAUGCUGUGGGCAGCAUGCUUCUGGUUAUGGUCAGUCUUCCAGCUCUAGGACACACAACACUGGCUCAAGCCAUAAUUCAACUCAGAAGAGAUAUGGCUCUCCAUCAGGACACUCUUUUGGUUCAGGUGAAUAUGGUUCUACAUCAGGACAGUCUUCUGGCUCUGCAGGGCAAUCAUAUGGACAAGGUCACUCCGCUGGUUCUGGACAAUAUGGUGCUACAUCAGGACAGUCAUCAGGCAGGGGCUCAGGUCACUCUACUUCCCAUGGCACACAAGGAUUAGGAUCAAGCCAGGCAUCUAGGCAGAGGAGUAGCAGUUCUAGCUCAAGUGAGUCUUUUGGCUUCCAAAAUCAUGGUUCUGGCUCAAGAGGGUCUUCUGGCUGUAGUCAACAUGGAUCUGGGCCAGGUCAGUCUUCUGGUAGUGGAGAACAUGAUUGUUUCUCUGGACAGUCAUCAGCCAGAGGCCAGCAUCCCUCUGGUUGUGGUCAGUCUUCCAGCUCUGGCACACACAACACUGCCUCAAGACAUUCUUCUACCCAGAGGAGACAUGGCUCUCCGUCAGGACAGUCUUAUGGUUCAGGUGAAUAUGGUUCUACAUCAGGACAGUCUUCUGGCUCUGUAGGGCAAUCAUAUGGGCAAGGUCACUCCACUGGUUCUGGACAAUAUGGUGCUACAUCAGGACAGUCAUCAGGCAGGGGCUCAGGUCACUCUACUUCCCAUGGCACACAAGGAUUAGGAUCAAGCCAGGCAUCUAGGCAGAGAACAAGCAGUUCUAGCUCAAGUGAGUCUUUUGGCUUCCAAAAUCAUGGUUCUGGCUCAAGAGGGUCUUCUGGCUGUAGUCAACAUGGAUCUGGGCCAGGUCAGUCUUCUGGUAGUGGAGAACAUGAUUGUUUCUCUGGACAGUCAUCAGCCAGAGGCCAGCAUCCCUCUGGUUGUGGACAGUCUUCUGGCUUUACAGGCCAAGGAUAUGGACAGAGUAACUCCUCUGGUAGUGGAGAACGUGGUUCUUUCUCUGGACAGUCAUCAUGCUGUGGGCAGCAUGCUUCUGGUUAUGGUCAGUCUUCCAGCUCUAGGACACACAACACUGGCUCAAGCCAUAAUUCAACUCAGAAGAGAUAUGGCUCUCCGUCAGGACAGUCUUAUGGUUCAGGUGAAUAUGGUUCUACAUCAGGACAGUCUUCUGGCUCUGUAGGGCAAUCAUAUGGGCAAGGUCACUCUGCUGGUUCUGGACAAUAUGGUGCUACAUCAGGACAAUCAUCAGGCAGGGGCUCAGGUCACUCCACUUCCCAUGGCACACAAGGAUUAGGAUCAAGCCAGGCAUCUAGGCAGAGGAGAAGCAGUUCUAGCUCAAGUGAGUCUUUUGGCUCCCAGCAACAUGGGUCUGGUUCAGGAGGGUCUUCUGGCUGUAAUCAACAUGGAUCUGGGCCAGGUCAGUCUUCUGGUAGUGGAGAACAUGGUUGUUUCUCUGGACAGUCAUCAGCCAGAGGCCAGCAUCCCUCUGGUUGUGGUCAGUCUUCCAGCUCUGGCACACACAACACUGCCUCAAGACAUUCUUCUACCCAGAGGAGACAUGGCUCCAGCUCAGGACAGUCUUCUGGUUCAGGUAAAUAUGGUUCUGCAUCAGGACAGUCUUCUGGCUUUACAGGCCAAGGAUAUGGACAGAGUAACUCCUCUGGUAGUGGAGAACGUGGUUCUUUCUCUGGACAGUCAUCAGGCUGUGGGCAGCAUGCUUCUGGUUAUGGUCAGUCUUCCAGCUCUAGGACACACAACACUGGCUCAAGCCAUAAUUCAACUCAGAAGAGAUAUGGCUCUCCAUCAGGACACUCUUUUGGUUCAGGUGAAUAUGGUUCUACAUCAGGACAGUCUUCUGGCUCUGCAGGGCAAUCAUAUGGGCAAGGUCACUCCGCUGGUUCUGGACAAUAUGGUGCUACAUCAGGACAGUCAUCAGGCAGGGGCUCAGGUCACUCCACUUCCCAUGGCACACAAGGAUUAGGGUCAAGCCAGGCAUCUAGGCAGAGAACAAGCAGUUCUAGCUCAAGUGAGUCUUUUGGCUUCCAAAAUCAUGGUUCUGGCUCAAGAGGGUCUUCUGGCUGUAGUCAACAUGGAUCUGGGCCAGGUCAGUCUUCUGGUAGUGGAGAACAUGGUUGUUUCUCUGGACAGUCAUCAGCCAGAGGCCAACAUCCCUCUGGUUGUGGUCAGUCUUCCAGCUCUGGCACACACAACACUGCCUCAAGACAUUCUUCUACCCAGAGGAGACAUGGCUCCAGCUCAGGACAGUCUUCUGGUUCAGGUAAAUAUGGUUCUGCAUCAGGACAGUCUUCUGGCUUUACAGGCCAAGGAUAUGGACAGAGUAACUCCUCUGGUAGUGGAGAACGUGGUUCUUUCUCUGGACAGUCAUCAGGCUGUGGGCAGCAUGCUUCUGGUUAUGGUCAGUCUUCCAGCUCUAGGACACACAACACUGGCUCAAGCCAUAAUUCAACUCAGAAGAGAUAUGGCUCUCCGUCAGGACAGUCUUAUGGUUCAGGUGAAUAUGGUUCUACAUCAGGACAGUCUUCUGGCUCUGUAGGGCAAUCAUAUGGGCAAGGUCACUCCACUGGUUCUGGACAAUAUGGUGCUACAUCAGGACAGUCAUCAGGCAGGGGCUCAGGUCACUCCACUUCCCAUGGCACACAAGGAUUAGGAUCAAGCCAGGCAUCUAGGCAGAGAACAAGCAGUUCUAGCUCAAGUGAGUCUUUUGGCUUCCAGCAUCAUGGUUCUAGCUCAAGAGGGUCUUCUGGCUGUAGUCAACAUGGAUCUGGGCCAGGUCAGUCUUCUGGUAGUGGAGAACAUGAUUGUUUCUCUGGACAGUCAUCAGCCAGAGGCCAGCAUCCCUCUGGUUGUGGUCAGUCUUCCAGCUCUGGCACACACAACACUGCCUCAAGACAUACUUCUACCCAGAGGAGACAUGGCUCCAGGUCAGGACAGUCUUCUGGUUCAGGUAAAUAUGGUUCUGCAUCAGGACAGUCUUCUGGCUCUGUAGGGCAAUCAUAUGGGCAAGGUCACUCCGCUGGUUCUGGACAAUAUGGUGCUACAUCAGGACAGUCAUCAGGCAGGGGCUCAGGUCACUCUACUUCCCAUGGCACACAAGGAUUAGGAUCAAGCCAGGCAUCUAGGCAGAGGAGAAGCAGUUCUAGCUCAAGUGAGUCUUUUGGCUCCCAGCAACAUGGGUCUGGUUCAGGAGGGUCUUCUGGCUGUAAUCAACAUGGAUCUGGGCCAGGUCAGUCUUCUGGUAGUGGAGAACAUGGUUGUUUCUCUGGACAGUCAUCAGGCAGUGGACAGCAUCCCUCUGGCUGUGGUCAGUCUUCCAGCUCUGGCACACACAACACUGCCUCAAGACAUACUUCUACCCAGAGGAGACAUAGCUCCAGGUCAGGUCAGUGUUGUGGUUCAGGUCAAUAUGUUUCUGCAUCAGGACAGUCUUCUGGCUCUGCAGGGCAAGCAUAUGGGCAAGGUCACUCCACUGGUUCUGGACAAUAUGGUGCUACAUCAGGACAGUCAUCAGGCAGGGGCUCAUGUCACUCCACUUCCCAUGGCACACAAAGAUCAGGAUCAAGCCAGGCAUCUAAGCAGAGGAGAAGCAGUUCUAGGUCAAGUGAGUCUUUUGGCUCCCAGCAAUAUGGGUCUGGCUCAGGAGUGUCUUCUGGCUGUAGUCUACAUGGAUCUGGGCAAGGUCAGUCUUCCUGUAGUGGGCAACAUGGUUCUUUCUCUGGACAAUCUUCAGUCUGUAGACAGCAUGGAUCUGGCACUGGUCAGUUAUCUAGCAGAGGUCAAUCCUCUAACUGUGAUCAGCAGGUUUCUACUUCUUGGCAGUCUUCCUCUUAUGACCAGCAACGUCCUGGAUCAUAUAAUACAUCUUCUUGUAGUCAUCAUGGGUCUACCUCUGGACAGUCUUCCAACUUUGGCCAAUGUGGUUCUAGCUCCGUAGAGUGUUCUGGAUUUGGUAACCAAGUAUCUAGUUCAGGUCAUUCUACUUACAGCCAACAGGGAUCUAAUAUAAACCAAUCCUCUGGCUAUGGACAAUAUAGUCCAAAAUCAGAACAGUCAUACUGUGGUAGUCAGUGUGGAUAUCAUUCAAACCAGUCUUCCUGUUGUGGUCAACAAGGGUCUGGUUCAAGUCAGUCUUCUUACUAUGGCCAAUAUGAAUGUCCUUCGAGUCAUUAUUCUAGCCACAGUCAACAUAGGGCUGGGUGUGGUCAGAGUUUUAGCUCUGAACAAUAUGGGUCUGGUUCGUAUCCAUGUUCUAUCUCUAGACAAAAUUGUCCCAGAUCUGGUCUAAGUCCUAGUUCACAACAAUAUGGGUCUGAUUCAUGUCACUCGUUUAGUUCUGGAUCAUGUGGUUCUGGAUAUGGUCAAUAUUCUAGUUAUGAUCAACCGCAAUCAAAUGGGAGAUGUGGAAACCAUUGGCAAUCUGGCUGUAGCGCCUCAAUUUGUAAUGAAAAUCAAUCAAUAAGUGUGUAUAGGCAAGUAGAAUCCUCCUCAGCUUGUGACUUUGGACAAUUUACACCUUCACAUGCACAUAGUAGGUCUAAUACUACUGCUCAAUUUUCACUUUGCAAUGUGGAUAAUAGACAAGGUGACUCUGACUGUCAGAGAGUCAGGGAAGGUAACUCUGGAAUGAAAAAUAGAGGCUUGGAUUCUCACAGUUUCAGUAGUAUCACUCCACUCUAUGAGUAUGUACAAGAGCAGAGACGCUAA